AUGGCACGAAAAACUCCAAAUCCAUGCCACAGUUUCUUCUUGUUUGUCAGCGGCUAUGUUGCAAUUCAAGAAACUUUGGGAGUCGACCCACCCCCUCCAGUUAAACCCAACAGGCCAACAAGACGGGUUGAAGAUGAAAAGUUAGAAGCCUAUAGUAAAGGUACAAAGCGACUCAAUUUGGAUGUGGUGCGUGAACUACUGGCUCAAUCAUUGAAAGAUGCCACUCACGGCACCUUUAAUGGUGGUUGGCCUGGCACCAACACCGAUGCAGAGUUGAAGUUGGGUGUUGUAUUGAAGGUCAAGAACAAUACCAACGGAGUCACGACACGGGAUUUUUGUGGUUGUCCCUCAGAUAUGGACAAGGACCGACUGAAGCGAAUCCUACGCGCCUUUGGGGAGGGUUGGGUAGAGCUUACAGGACCACCAGCUCCUCAAUCAGGCGAGGUUGGUGGUGUCUUGGAAGAUGAGGACGGUUGCACACCUCAAAGCGACAAUGCUAGCAGAGUUCGGACCGCUAGAGGAUCCGGGACCGCUAGAGGAUCCCGGACCGCUAGAGGAUCUCGGACCGCUGGAGGAUUUCGGACCGCUGGAGGAUUUUGGACCGCUAGAGGAUCUCGGACCGCUAGAGGAUCUCGGACCGCUAGAGGAUCUCGGACCACUAGAAGAGCUCAGACUGAUUCAAACAGGAUCCAUAUGAAGAAAGCCAAACAUUCAUCAGCACAACAACACUACUCCGAAAAUCGAACCAGAAGAAAGCGAUUAAUAAUUGAUGACACUGAUGACAAGGACAAGGCAAGUCCAGUGCAAACACCCCAGCAAGCAAAGAAGAAGCAACGGGUUCUGUGUCCUGAGGAUAAUCAAGAAGAUUCAUCCAUGGGUGGAUUGCGUCAUGAAGACUUGCACUCUGAUGGAGACAAUUCUUCGAAUGGCAGUCAAUUACCAGACUUCUGA